CCUAUUCAACAUAUACCAUGGAUCCAGCUUCUAUUGAAAAGAUACGACAAGAGAAAAAGGCGCUCAAGGAAGAAAAAAGAAGGUUGAAAAAACAACAAAAUCCAUCAGGUCCUCCUUCUCCUCCUCCUCCUUCACCUUUCAAGCGUACGUGGCGAUCCACUUCAGCGCGAUCUAUCUCUGGUCGUGCUACCAUUACUAUCAUGUCUUACAAUAUUCUGGCACAAACACUCUGUCAAAGAUGGAUUCAUCCUACUGCUGGAGAUAUGCUCAAAUGGAAAACUCGUCGUCGAAUGAUUAUGGAAGAAAUAGCACUUUAUCAACCUGACUUGAUGUGUUUACAAGAGGUGGAUAACUAUGAGGAAUUUUACAAAGAGUCGCUGAAGAAGUUAGGAUAUGAAACGAUCUUCCACAAACAUGAAACAAAACGACAUGGGUGCCUGAUUGGAUAUCAAAGCAAAACAUGGAAACCUAUGACAUAUCGUACUAUAGACUAUGAUACCGAUACAUCAAGCAAACCAACGCAAAUUACUGGGAAUAUUGGACAACUAUUGGCAUUGGCUUUCCGAAACGAGAAUGACGAUUCUAAUGGAAUGACAUAUUCUUCUACUUUGGGAGUAGUGGUGGGCAAUACACAUUUUUAUUGGCGACCUCCAUCCUCGUAUGAACGAUGUCGUCAAGGCUUGAUCUAUAGACAUCAUUUGAUGGCAUUGCAAAAGGAACUCAAAAGCAGCCACUCGGGUGAAUGGGUGCCUCUUAUGUUAGGUGACUUCAAUACUCAACCAUGUGAUCCCUUCUAUUCUAUCGUGACUGGCCGAGCACUGACAGAUGAACAUCGAUUUGUACUGAAAGCGACACAACGAGCAUUUGAUGAUGAUGAUCAUGAUUAUGAACCACAACCCAGUAGCAAGGAUGAUAUUGAUGCGACUAUUUCGGCAGCAUCAGAGACAACCUUAGAGGAAGAUGGAUUAAUGGAUAUGGAUGAUUUAAUGAGAAUGAUUGGACCCAAGGAGGAUGAAGCAAUGCAAAGUGUCUAUAGUCUACACAAACAACUCUGGGAUCAACAGCAAGAACAAGAAGGAAUCAAGACAAAUUGUGAAGAACAUAAUCGUUAUGGGGUGGGUGAACCCGAUUAUACAAAUGCUGCACACGUAUUCAAGGGUACGUUGGAUUAUCUUUUUAUACCUCCCCAUAUCACCAUCAUGGAUGUAUUGCUUUUGCCACCCAAGGACAAGAUUCAACCUGCUUUACCCAACGAACAUUUUGGAAGUGAUCAUGUUAGUCUAGUGGCCAAGAUCUUAUUACCUUAAAAAGAAUAGAUAGAAUAGUAGACAAAAUUGAUUUUUAUUAUUAUUAUCAUUGUUUGUUUUGUAUACAUUGACUUUCAAAUAAAUAGAUAUGAUAGCAAUAAAUAAAGUAUGAUUGAAU